CACGACGAAACACUCUCGCUGGGCCUUCGCGUGCUUCACUUCCGUGUGGACUCACGAACGCAGCAAAACUUGUUCGAGGAGAUCGUGCAGGGCGAGAUGCCGCUUCGUGGAGUAUUUGAGUCCGCGGGACUGCGACCCUGGAAGAAUUUCGUGCGCGUCGCUGUGCCGCGACAUAUUGCUGAGCGAAUUUCUCGCUCCGGGAGCGCCGCGCAAAGGCAGCCGAACAACUCCGACUUUCAGCAGCCGUUGCGACUUACGCAGGCAGUGGAUGUCAGUGCCGCGGAGAUUGAUUUGGGACUGACCACACUGAACACGGAGCAAGUGGUGUGGAAGGUGGGCGCAGUGCGAAACUUGGGGAGGCGGGACCUUUUUUCUCGGGCAAAGGUGAAGGUGGAAAUGCGAUUGCUGCUGCGAGACGAGCAGGAUUCUUACGAUCCUGAAGAAGACGAGUACUUUUUUUUUCCCGAGGAGCGCGCAGCAGACUACGAGCGGAAGCGCGAGCUGUUCGAAAAGAUUAAGCGGCCGUCGCGGCAGGAGGUGCGCGCGAAGAAGAAUCUCGAGGCGCGCUGUGGGAAGGACUUGGCCGCGAUGACCGCGGCUUCGCAGGAAACGGACAAGGUGUCAGCGCAGCCGGGAGCUGUUUUUGCGUUCGAUUCCGAGCUCAGUUUCGAUUUGGAGGCUCUAACGGGAAAGUUGUUCCGGCCACCAGAGAACCAGAGCGACGCACUGUAUGAAAGCUGGGACCUGCACGACGUCGCCGACCAGCUCUUUUCGAUGUUUCACGUCGUUGUGUGGGGGCAGGAAGAGUCGACCAGCUACUUGUUCGCGCGCGACUGGCAGCCGUUGUGCCACUUUAAGAUCCCCUUCUCCAACCUGCUGCAGUAUCACGGCCUGCAACCUGUUCGCCUGCACUGUGCUCGGAGCGCCAGCGUAGACGACGCGAGCGGCGACACGAGCAGCUCGGACGGAAAUUUCUCUGACGAAAAUCAAAAUGGUAAAGUUGCCUCUACUCUGGACGGAACCAGAAGACCCGCACAGCGGGUGGAGGAAAGUUCACAAGAACAAUCAGAAUUUCAACGACACGCGGACUCAUCGACCGUCCUUCGUCUCUUCGGCAGUCUGACCAGCGGUUCAAUCCUCCCGCAGGCGAUAGACGUAGUGCAUGCGCGCAUGAGGCGCAGCAAGGCGAAAGCCGGACUAGUCGUGCGGUUAGCGCCUGCGGGUUCAUUAGAAGAGGUUGGCACUCGGAACAGUUCAUACCUGGCGGGGAUCGGAACUGAUCAUGAGACCGAUCAAUUGCCGGAACCGCCCAAAAAAGUCCUCCUUGCCGUGAACGUGACGCACGCGCGAGGCCUACCGCAGACGCGGACGAAAAUGUUCGGUGGCAAGGGCUGCUACCCCUUCGCGCGGGUGAACUUGACUCGGGGAAAUCCGCUCAAAGAUGAUGAGGAUGCCAGUGCGGUACUUGAGCAGAAAACCACCCACACCCGAGCGGGCACGUCGGUCAACUUCAAGCAGCGGCUGGCGCUGGGGCCUUUGUCUUCUGAGGAGAGGAACCUGUUUGUCCAUGUCGAAGUUUUCGAUUCCUCGAUGCUCCUCGCGCAUGACCUUCUGGGCCGCUGCAGCAUCGGCGUGCACGAAAUCUUUCAGCUCCGCGGCGUGCGGUCGCGCAAACUGAAGCUUUUCGCCUCGGGUCAGCGGCAGGACGAUGAAUCUUUAGAAGGCGGUCUGCUCGGUGGCGGUGUAAGUCGCGGGGCAACUAGCGCAAGAAUGGAAGGAGAUCAUGAAAAUGGCGACCGGCCUGCGACGACCGAGGGGGAGUUUUUUCUGAAGUUUGAGAAGGUGGAAUAUGAAGCGGAUAAGGAGCUCGGCGUACAAGUGCGGUUGCUGAAAGCCGUGCUGCCGUCGCACUUUCCGCCGUUCCCAUUAGAAAACGUGCGGGAACCCGUCAAGCUCUUCGCCGAAGCGCGUUUAUGCAAGGGCGGAGACCCACGGCACUGCCUGACGGAUGCCGAGCUAGACGACUGCACGCUGUACAAGACGGUGAAGCCGGCAACUAUGCUGUUUUCCGCCAAAACCCGUGCAGCAAAAGCUCGUUCCUCCGGGAAGGCGAACCUGAAUUCCCGAAGGCCUGAGUUCAAUGAAGUUUUGAAGCUGGUGGCUGACGACGUUACGCACAGCGAGGACGUGUACUUCUACCUUCAGCUGUUCUACGAGGGAAAACCGAACGCGGUACUGAAAGCCUUCUUUGGCGGGCGGGAGAAGUACCUGAUCGGGCAAUUGAGCAUCCCGAGCGCCACUCUUCUGCAGCACUUCGGGCACCGCGGCCUCCGGCUCCAUUAUGCGCCAGGGGCAGAGUCUGGAGGAGGUUGGGACCUCUCAAAGGCCCGUCUCCAUGUCGCCGUAGAGUGCAAGAGUCAAUGAUGAUAAUUGGCAAUCCCUUCCGCUUUGCUGGCAAUUUCGAAAACUGAACAAAAAUGCGAGAAGCCUCAAAACAUAAGGGCAGGCGACUCUUUCUUUUCUGGUACGGCUGUUGUUCUUGUGGAUUUGCUCUGCUGGAAAGAAGUUGCGCUACGAGACGAAAGCACGAAGAAGG